AUGGCCUCCAACCCAACGGCACAUCAGAUCGAGUGGCAUAUGCAUCAACUGAGGCAGUGGAUGGUACCUACCUCCAUGCCAGCUCCUUCCAAGUCUCCAGCGACCUCUCAAGGUCAAACUUUCCCCCAAGACUUCUACCUCCAGAACGUGCCUCCCAACGACAUAUACGGGUAUGAUGCCUUCAGCACGUCCGUCCCUACCCCGACCAUCCUCCACCGUGCCCACACCCUCACGAGUCUGUCCGAGUAUGAUUAUUCUCCUAUGGACUACUACAACCCCGGUCCAGCCCCUGCCACUCCCGUCAGCUGGGCAGGAGAGGACAGAGGCAACUUUGACGAUGUCCUUUCGAUCUAUUCCGAAGCCCCAUCGAGCUAUCUGUCGUCUGAUUUCUCAGAGCAGACUCGGCUUGACUCCAUCAUGUCCUCGAGCCACCCCACGCCUCCCGUCCUUCCCCAGCAAUCGCCCGCCCCUGAAGCCGCGUCCGAAGUCGACUCGCUCAUGAGGAACCUACAGCCGCCCCAGAUGCAUCUACCACCGGCAGCAAACCUAUCCGUUAGCAGAUCCAAGAAGCACCUUUGCCCGUAUCCCGAGUGUUUCAAGUCCUUUUCCCAGCCCACCCACCUCAAGAUCCAUCUCCGUUCCCACACGGGAGAGAAGCCAUACACAUGUUCAGUGCCCUCCUGCAGGCAAGCAUUUUCACAGCUAGGCAACCUUCGGACUCACGAACGACGACAUAUCGGCCAACGCCCUAAUCGCAAGAGAUCUUUAUCCGACCCAGGCACUCGAGAGCGCAAAUACGAAUGCAAGCUCGAUGGCUGCCGGGCUCUGGACAACGGUCAGGGUGGCAAGAUUUUCACUCAGCUAGGCAAUCUCAAAGCACAUAUGAACAAGUUCCAUAAGGAGACCUUGGCGAGGCUCUCGGUGCAGUUUGCACAGGAUGAGGGGCUGCCUGAAGAAGCUGAGCUCCGGGCCUACUUCCAGGAUCUCUACAAGCAUAGCAACAAGGGCAUUAAAGGGCGGGGCAAAGGUCGAAAAGUUGAGGUGAUCGUCACCCCAGAUCAACCUUGA